AUGGACAACCUGCGAGAGACCUUCCUCAGCCUGGAAGAUGGCUUGGGUUCCUCCGACAGCCCUGGCCUGCUGUCCUCCUGGGACUGGAAAGACAGGGCGGGGUCCUUUGAGCUGACCCAGGCCUCUCCCUCCCAGAGCCUCUCCCCAGCUCCAUCCCUGGAGUCCUAUUCUUCCUCUCCCUGUCAGGCUGUGGCCGGGCUCGCCUGUGGGCAUGGAGGUGCCAAUGGUCGGGGCGGCGAUGACUGCAGCGGCCUUGGGACCAGCGGCCUGGCGGAGGUGGACUACGACAUGUUGGCUUUCCCGCCUGCCUACCUGCAGGGUGGCACCAAGGCCCAGAAGGGCACCAAGGUCAGGAUGUCUGUCCAGCGGAGACGGAAGGCCAGCGAGAGGGAGAAGCUUCGGAUGAGGACCUUGGCUGAUGCCCUGCAUACCCUCCGGAAUUAUCUGCCCCCUGUCUACAGUCAGAGGGGCCAGCCACUCACCAAGAUCCAGACGCUGAAGUACACCAUCAAGUAUAUCGGAGAGCUCACAGACCUUCUCAACAAUGGCCGAGAGCCCCGGCCCCAAAGCGCUUGA